AUGAAGAAAUUUAGAUUAAUUAAUAACAGAGAGAAUAAAUUUCCAUCUAAUGUUAUUUGUAAUAUGAAAUACAGAUGGUAUUCAAUUAUUUUCUGGGUUUUAUACAACCAGUUCGAAUUUUUCUUUAACACGUAUUUUUUUAUGAUUUCGAUUACACAGUGCAUAGAAAAGUUUGCUAUUAGUUCUCCUCUAACAUCUUUAGGACCUUGGCUUUUAGUAUAUUUUAUUUCCUUAUUUAAGGAAUCAUAUGAUGAUUAUAAAAGAAAUGAAAGGGAUUAUAAUAUUAAUAACCAGCUAUACACAGUGUACAGGAAUAAAACUUUUAAAAGAAUAAAAAGUAAAAAUAUAAAAGUAGGAGAUUUUAUAAUUUUAGAAAAAGAUCAGAGAGUUCCUGCUGAUGUUGUACUUUUAAAGGCAUCUGAUACAACAGGACAGCUUUUUAUACGUACAGACCAAUUAGAUGGUGAAACAGACUGGAAAUUACGAUCUGCAGUUCCACUCACACAAAAUACAUCUUUUAAUGUUAUUAAAGAUAUUUUUAUACUGGCAGAAGAACCUAAUAAAGAAAUUUAUAACUUUAAUGGGAUAAUAAGUUUAGAUGAAAUAGAUACACAGGAUGUUACAUUAGAACAACCAACAAAUAGUAAAUAUUUUGAUUUUUAUAAAUAUUUUCCGCAUAAAAAAGAAGAAGAAGAAUUAGCAGAUAGUGAAAUUUAUGAUUUUUUAUUAAAAACUUCUGAAGUUAGUUUGAGUGUUGAUACAGAGAAUACAGUUGUACAUAGAGAUUUAGUAUUGCCAACUGAUCAAGAUGUUAAUGAUAAAUAUAAUGACAAAUUUAAUUACAAUGAUGAACAUUAUGACAAAUUAAAUGUAGAUUACAACAGAAAUUACAAUAACGAACAUUAUGACAAUGAUGAAUUUAAUUACAAAAAUUCGGAAAUUGAUCCUCUUUCUAAUAAAAAAUCAUUUAUAGAAAAUAAUAACAAAGAAGGACUCUCUCUAGAAAAUAUGUUAUGGAUGAAUACUGUAGUCGCUACAUGUUCAGCCUUGUGCUGUGUAGUUUAUACAGGAAAUGAUACACGUUCUAUGAUAAAUACUUCUAAACCAAGAAAUAAGAUAGGUACAUUUGAUUUAGAACUUAACACAUACAGUAAAUUUUUAGGAAUUUCUAGUGCAUUUUUUGCAGCUGUCUUUACUUACAUGCGAGGAUUUACAUCAAAUGGUCCAGUAGCUUUUAUUAGAUUUUUAGUAUUAUUCUCUUCAAUUAUACCUAUAUCACUAAAAGUUACUAUAGACAUGGCAAGAUAUGUAUAUUCUUAUUACAUAGUCAAUGAUAAUAAAAUUCCGAAUACUAUUGUACGUAAUUCUUCUAUUCCUGAAGAAUUAGGAAGAAUAUCUUAUUUUUUAACUGAUAAGACUGGAACUUUAACUAAAAAUGAAAUGGAAAUGAAAAAAGUGCAUUUAGGAACAUCUGCAUUUACACAAGAUUUAAAUGAAGAAAUUUUUAAAAGUCUAGCAAAAUAUUGCAGUAAAAAGGAUGAACAAAAUAGUAUUUUUAAUAGAAAUAAAAAAGAUAUAAAUAAUAAAUUAUUUGAAUUGGUAGAGGCAUUAUGUCUCUGUCAUAAUGUUACUCCUGUGAUAGAUAAUAAAAACGUGACAUAUCAGGCAUCAAGUCCUGAUGAAGUUGCUAUAGUAAAAUGGACUGAAUUAGUAGGAAUGAAAUUAUAUAAAAGAGAUAAAAAUACAAUAACAAUACUAGAUUCUCUAAAUGAUGAACAAGUGUAUGAAAUAUUAGAAAUAUUUCCAUUUACUAGUGAAACAAAAAGAAUGGGAAUUUUAGUUAAGAAAAGAGCUCCUUCAUCAGAAAUAUUAUUUUUUAUGAAAGGAGCAGAUAUUGUUAUGACUAAAAUUAUACAACCUACUGAUUGGGUAGAAGAAGAAACAGAAAAUAUGGCUAGAGAUGGAUUAAGAACACUUGUCAUUGCAAAGAAGAUUAUAAGUGAAGAACAAUAUAUACAUUUUCAAAAUGAAUAUAAUAAAGCAAAGAGUAGUAUUUAUAAUAAAAAUGAUAAUUUAAUAAAUGUUAUGAGGAUUUUAGAAUCAGAUAUGACUAUGUUAGGUUUAACUGGUGUAGAAGAUAAAUUACAAGAUCGUGUUAAAAUUUCACUAGAAAAUCUUAGAAAUGCGGGAAUAAAAGUGUGGAUGCUUACGGGAGAUAAAAUUGAAACAGCAAUUUCUAUCGCCGCAUCAUCUAAAAUUUUUGAUAAAACGACAGAAUACAAAAUUUUAAAAGAGUCAGAUCUUGAUUUACUUUCUAGAGAUGCAUUUAAAAGAUUAGAUGCAAUAGUAAUAGAUGGAAAUAUGCUGUCUUUAAUAAUGGGAAGAUGUUUUAGUGAAUUUAUAGAAGCGUGUAUGGAUCUAAAAUCCCUCGUUGGAUGCCGAUUUAGUCCCACACAAAAGGCUCUUGUUGCGAGAGCAUUAAGAAGUCAAUCUAAUAAAAUAGUCUGUUGUAUUGGAGAUGGUGGUAAUGAUGUUUCUAUGAUUACUGAAGCGAAUAUUGGUGUUGGGAUUGUAGGAAAAGAGGGAAAUCAAGCAUCUCUUGCUGCUGAUUUUUCUAUUGAAAAAUUUUGUUAUGUUAUGGAUUUAUUUUUCUGGCAUGGACGUAAUUCUUACAGAAAUAGUGCAUCACUAGCAUAUCUUGUAAUCCAUCGUGGUACAAUAUUAUCAGUUUUACAAGGUUUAUUCUGUGCUCUUAUAAAUUUUAUACCUAUAAAUAUAUAUCAUGGUGUUGUACUUGUAGCUUUUAUAUCCUGUUAUACCUUCCUUCCCAUUUUUAGUACAGUGUUUUCUUUAGAUGUGUCAAGAGAAGUGGCAGACAUGUUUCCUGAACUUUAUAAAGAGUUAGUAGAUAGACCUCUUCUUUCUAUAGGAGAUUUUACUGUAUGGAAUUUUAUGUCUUUUUACCAAGGUGCUAUUAUUAUGUUAUUUAUGAUUUAUAGUUUUAAAAGAGAGUUAUUUUCUAUUAGUACACUUACUUUUACUAGUCUUAUUAUUAAUGAAAUAUUAAUGGUAUAUUUUACUACACCAAGGAUUAGUAAACAUACAGUGAUGGCAUGUAUAUUAUCUCUUUUCUUAUAUUUUAUGUCAUUUGUACUCUUUAGAAAUUUAUUUUACAUAAACAUAGACUUCUCUACUUUUUUUGUAAAAGUAGUGAUUUCUAAUGUGGCUGCAAUAAUUCCGAAGAUAUUAACUAAAUUACUAAAAUAUUGGAAACCGAGUACAACAAGUAAAUUAGAAAGUAAAGUAUAA